AUGAAGGAUAUCGGAGUGCGGAAAGUCGAUGCAGGGAUGUCGAGUCGAAGCAAGCACGCAAGGCCUCCCUUGAGCGUGUUCGAGCAAUUGACCUGCCAGGGCACGCAUCCCGCCAAGAGCGCGAGCCCGGCAAAAGCUCCGCCACCUCCGGGUAUCUCUGGAACCACUCCGAUCAAGGCCGGCACAAGUGUCUCCAACCCAACAAGUGACAAGUCUGCCGCGCUGAAGGCCGCCUUGAACCAGGGCAGGACAGCGGAGCCCAGGACGGACGAAGCCGGCGCGAAAGCCGGACAGUUCUUGCUGAAUUUGGUCAACAACAAGGAGGAAAGACCCGGCGCGAUAUUGCUGCAGCAGCUGAAGGGCGGCGCUGCCAGAGGCAAAGCACCCGCCGACCUCUCUGCGUUCCGCACCGACAACGGUGCUGGAAUGGCAUUGCUGCAGCAGGUGAAGGCUGGAACACAGAGCACCGAGCAGCCGAAAUCGGAACAAUGGAGCAGCAACAAAGGACGUGGCCAAGGCGGCUGGUGGGGUGGUGAUGCCUACUACGGCAAUUACGAUGAGACCGAGUGGGCAGACCAUCGCAAGGGAGGUGGCAAGUACAAGUACAAGGGAAAGACAUCUGGAAAGCACGAUUGGGCCGGCUGGAACGGCACUGAGUCCUCGUGGUGGACCUCAAACUCCGGCGAGGAGUGGCUCGAGGAGUCCCAGAAUUACUGGACCGAGCGCCAGCGCAGCGCUCCGCAAUGGGGAAGGACGAAGAAGGGCGGAAAAGGAAAGAGCGCAGUCCGCGAUUACGAGGAGGAGGAAGAGGAAGAGACAUCCGAAGAGAGCACCGGCUCUGAGGACGCUGCCGAGGCUGCCAGCACGCGAUGGCGCCAGAAAGGCAAGGCGGAUGGCAAAGGCAAAGGCAGUGGAAAAGGCAAGUCGAAGGCCUCCACUGCCGAGCCCAAGGCGAAGCAGAAGUGGAAGCCGGCUGCAAAGAGCUCCAAGUGA